AUGGUCAUCACCGCCUCGACGACGCGUUCUUCCCAACUCUCCACCUCCACCGCGCUCACCACCGCGGGUGGUGCUACACCCCGAACUACAGUCAGUGGUGCAACUUCUAUGACGUCGCAGACGGGAUCUACCUCGCUCUCGAACGGGGGAAUGGGCUCAAGUUCUACUGGUUCAGCGGGACUGAAUUCGACGAGUUCUUCAAUGGGUCCGAACGCGACGACGACGGCGUUGACGAUGACGACGACGACGAGUGGUUCAGCACCUACUACGACCACGACGGGAAGUACGUCUUCGGCGAGUCGGGUCAGGGGUUUUAA